AUGGCUCCCCAAAGAGUGACCUACCGCCGCCGCAACGGCUACAACACCACGUCCAACCUCACCCGGACGAUCAAGACCCCCGGUGGCAAGCUCCGACUCCUUCACAUCAAGAAGCGAGGCACCAACCCCAAGUGCGGCGACUGUGGCAACAAGUUGGCGGGCGUUCCUGCUCUCCGACCCCGCGAGUACUCCCAGAUUUCCAAGCCUCAGAAGAACGUCAGCCGCUCGUACGGUGGAUCCAGGUGCGGCAACUGUGUUCAGGACAGGAUCGUCCGCGCGUUCCUUAUCGAGGAGCAGAAGAUUGUGAAGAAGGUGCUGAAGGAGCAGAGCGAGAAGAAGAAAUAA